AUGACAUCCUCUACUCCGAACGCGACACUACUAGACAACCUCAGGUCACCUCGGAGCGCUAUCUCUCCAAUAUACUCUCCAUCAAUACGCUCGAGCCGCAUCUCGGAGGACUCGGAUGACUCUCUGCGGGACUUGGAACUCUCCGACGGACCACUGCUAGCAGAAACCACUCGGCCGCUACGGCCACGGUCAUACUCUGUCUCCGGAUUUGACUUCCAGCAUGACCUGCUACCACUCAGCUCGAGCUUGAGCGAACCAGACCAGAUUCAUUCGGAGUCACACGAGAAGCGGCUGGGCUUGGUCAAUGGCAUUGCCCUAAUUGUUGGGCUGCAAAUCGGCUCAGGCAUCUUCUCCUCACCCGGCGUGGUGAUAGCAAAUACCCAGAGCGUCGGAGCAAGUCUACUGGUCUGGUUCGCGGCAGGCGUACUGGGUUGGACCGGCGCGAGCAGUUUCGCAGAACUAGGAUCCUCUAUACCCGUAAACGGAGGAGCGCAAGCGUACCUUCAAUAUGCCUACGGGCCUCUCGUAUCAUAUCUCUUUGCCUGGACAGCAAUAUCCGCCCUCAAACCAGGGGGAAAUGCCGUCAUCAGCUUAAUUUUCGCCGAGUAUCUUAAUAGGCUCUUCUGGCAUAGUACCCGUGCUGAGGUCUCGCCGGAUGAUAUCCCGGUCUGGGCGACGAAGCUCACCGCCGUCGCCGCCGUCGUGGUAGUUUCGGUCAUCUGCGUCGCGACGCCCACACUAGGCACGCGCGCCGCUGUAGUAUUUACGACUGUCAAGAUAAUUGCAUUGGUUUCCAUCACGGUUCUGGGGCUAGUACAACUAGCGAGAGGACGUGCUUCCACGUCGUUCACGGAGCCUCUUUUCGAGCACUCGAGUACAAGUCCCUCAGCUUACGCGUUGGCGCUCUACUCUGGUCUUUGGGCGUUUGACGGCUGGGACCAGGCCAACUACGUGGGUGGAGAGAUGAAGAACCCGGAGAAGAACAUCCCUCGCGCCAUUCACUCUAGUAUGGUUGUGGUCAUGAUUCUGUUCAUCCUGGCGAAUGUAGCAUACUUCACCGUACUAGACAAGAACACUGUUGGCCUGAGCAACACUGUCGCCAUAGACUUCGGACGCGCGCUAUUCGGGCCAAUAGGCGGCGUCAUCUUCGCUGCAAUGGUGGCCUUCUCCUGCUUUGGCGCGUUGAACGGGUCCUUCUUCACGUCCUCGCGAUUAAUCUAUGUCGCCGGGAAAGAGGGCUACCUCCCUGCGCUUUUCGGCCGCCACAACACCUUCCUCAAGACCCCCCUCAACGCCAUGUGCCUGAACGCAGCGCUCACGACGAUGUUCAUCCUCAUCGGUGGCGGGUUCCGAUCGUUGAUCAAUUUCGCCGUAGUCGCGUCGUGGGCAUUCUAUUUCCUAACGGUUCUAGGACUGGUGAUCCUGCGCGUCAAGGAGCCAACACUGCAUAGGCCAUACCGGACGUGGAUCAUUACGCCGCUGGUUUUUUGCGCAGUGUGCAUUUUCCUACUGUGCAUGCCCAUAAUCGCUGCGCCUCUGGAAGCCAUCGCCGUACUAGGCUUCGUGCUCGCCGGGGUACCGCUGUAUUACAUCACGCAUCGGAACGAAGGACGGGCGCAAUCUUUCUUCUCGGGCGUGGCAUCGCGGAUAAGGGGAAGACCCACGCCUGGCGCGGGGUGGCAGGCGGUGGCGACGGAAGGGGACGAGAACGUCGAGAUGGAGGAGUCGCGGACGCCCGCGCGAUGA